GAGAGAAAGAAAAAAAACCCAACUCAGAGUGCGUCUACGGCGGCGAUGAAUCAAGAAUUCCCAGAAGAUCUGAUCAAUGACAUCCUAUGGAGGCUUCCGAUCGGCCAGUGGAUUGGCCGAUUCUGCUGCGUCUGCAAAUCAUGGCGCACUCUCUUCUCCGAUCCCUCAUUCAUCCAGCGAGAGAAACCCCUAGAUCCUCGUCCUCAAAUCUUGAUCAAUUCCGUCAACAACGACAACCAGAGGUCAGUUUACAGUUUGUACUCUGCCGACACACUCGAGCCCCUCCUUCCUUCCCCUGUCCAGCUACCCUUCAACGCAGAGAAUCCCCUCCAAGAUAAUUACCGUUUCUGGGAUCGGGCUAUAAAAAUUGCAGGAUCCUGUAACGGCCUGAUUUGCAUAUCCGACGGUAAUUACGAUCUGAUUCUUUGGAACCCUGCCACCUCCGAGACCAAGCUUGUCCCGCCUUCCCCUCUCCGUCGCCACUGGUGUCUUCAAACUGUUGGGUUUGGUUUCGAUCCUGAAACAGAGGACUACAGAAUCAUUAGGCAAUUCAUGUACGACGAUGGUUCCUGGGGAUGCAGUUAUUUCGCGGAGGUUUACUGUUUGAGGAAUGAUUCUUGGACCAAGUUAGCCGACGAUAAGAAUGGAUAUUAUCUGCACACCUACGAUUACCAGAUGCCACAAUGUAACAAGGGAAAGUUGUAUUGGUGGCGCUGGAAGUGGAACCCAGGCGGGGAACCGUGGAGUUUAGAGUUUCAGUCAUUUGCCAUUAGCAGCCACGAGUUCCGAACAGUGGAUUUACGUUUGCCUUCCGAGGUUGAUGAUGGGUAUGUUGAUCUGGAAUAUCUGUUGAACGAGGAGUACAUGGUAGCUCUCUUUCCCCUUAGAGACGAUGCGAGGAUAUGUGUCACCAAGUCUUGUGAGAUAUGGGUGCUCUUAAAAUAUUGGGUAUCAGAGUCUUGGACCAAAUUGUUCGUCGUUACGAGCCCGUCAAUUGAAAUAGGGAUUUUUACCUUCGGAAUUUCGAGGAAUUUGAAGUGGCUGAUUUUGACGUAUCAUGACAACGGCUACUACGACAAGGAUGAGUUCCUCAUUGCCAUUCGUCCGGAGACUGGAGAUUCGAGAGAUUUUCGUGAUCUCGACAUUCCGACAAAGAAAUUUCCGGUGACCGUGAUUAAUUACGUGCCCUCUCAAGUUUGUAUACGUGAUUGCUACGCGGUUUCGAGUUAGACUCUGGGUUGUUCGGUGGCUCAUGUCCUCUGUUUUGCGAUUGAAUAAGAAUGGCCUUGAAACACAUUCUCUUGGGCUGUGCCAUCAUAUAAUGUAUUGGUAUCCUUUUUUUUGCUUUUUUCUACUACAUGUUUUCUCUGUUAAGUAACGAACCACCGUUUCCAUCCAAGAGAAAUAAUUGAAUUUGUGGAUUUAGUUGACUAUGCAAGUUUGUAUGGGUAAAGAGAUUCUCGUACAAGAGCCUCAUAAUGUAAGCAUGAGCAAGCAACAAUCUACACAAUAAAUAAAAACCAAAUAAGAAAAUUUGAAGCCCCAUUUCAAAUUUUCAGCAUCCAGAGUGAAAGUAAGAAAGACAUUUUGGUCUU